UAGGAGAGCGAGGAACACAGGGACUGUUGGGCUGGGCAGAGAAGGCAUUAUAACAGAACUGCAUUGGAUAUAGCAAGCUGUCUUAAAGGCCAGCAGUAUACAAUCUCAGAAAAAAGGCAUGCCGUAGGCCCCUGAGUGGGGGGGAGCGGCCGAGCUGAAGCAGAGAUGAGCCUCACGUCCUGGUUUCUGGUGAGCAGCGGGGGCACCCGGCACCGCCUGCCGCGGGAGAUGAUCUUCGUGGGACGAGACGACUGUGAGCUCAUGCUGCAGUCACGGAGCGUUGACAAGCAGCAUGCAGUCAUCAACUAUGAGCCGUCCAGCGAUGAGCACAAAGUCAAGGACCUGGGCAGCCUGAAUGGGACGUUUGUGAACGAUGUCCGGAUCCAGGAGCAGAUGUACAUCACUUUGAAGAUUGAUGACAAGCUGAGGUUUGGAUACGAUACCAACCUGUUCACCGUGGUGCGCGGGGAGCUGCAGGUUCCAGAGGAGGCUCUGAAGCAUGAGAAGUUCACCAGCCAGCUCCAGCUGAGCAAGAAGCCGUCCAAUGGGGAGUCGUCCAAGUCACCCAAAUCGCCCAAGUCGCCCAAGUCAGCCGCCGCCAAAUCCCUGGAGGGCAAGACGGCGGAGGCGGCGGGUGAGGGGCCGGCCAAACCCGCCGACACGAGCAAGGGGGAUGAGAAGGUGACAGGGGAUAUAGCGGCCCUGCAUCGCGGGACACCCCUGUACGGGCAGCCAUCUUGGUGGGGGGACGGCGACGCUGACGACGAGAACUCCUUCAAGCAGGAGACGAAGACCUCGAGCAGGAAGCAGGAGAACGGGGUAGCAGACAUCAAAGAGGCCAAGAGGAGCUCAAAGGCCCAGGAGGAUGCACCGAGCUGCGUAGGCCCGGAGCCCAGCUACUUCGAGAUCCCCACCAAGGAGGCCCAGAUGGCCGAGAGCAGCAUCCACGAGGUCCCCACCAAGGACACUGAGGGCGGGGGUGGCGCCACGGCAACCACCGCCGCGUCCAGCUCCGCCGCCUCGGGCCACGCCUCCUUCACCAUUGAGUUCGACAACGCCUCCCCCGGGAAGGUCACCAUCAAGGAGCACGUGAAGUUCGCGGCCACCGAGCCACGGCCCCGGCCCCGGAAGGCCCUCCCGCAGGGCGGCAGGGAGAUGACCACCUUGCAGGCCGCCAUCAUGGCCUCCGAGAGCAAGGUGGCCGACUGGCUGGCCCAGAACGACCCACCGCUCCCGCGCCGCGACCCGCCCGACGACGAGGCCAAGAGCAUCAAGAGCGACGUGCCCAUGCACCUGAAGAGGCUGAAAGGCAGCAAGCAUGAGGACGGCACACAGAGCGACUCCGAGAACGGGGCGGGGCUGCGCCUGGGCGGCCGGCUGCAGGGCGGGCGGGGCCGGGGGGCCGAGGGCCCCGCCCCCGUCAGCCGCACUGCCUUCAUGAUCGAGUUCUUCGACGAGGACAACCCCCGCAAGCGUCGCUCCUACUCCUUCUCCCAGACCGCGCCGCUACUGGGGGAGGGGCCGGGCGCCAGGGCGACGGACUCCAAGGGCCUGCCCCCCUCCCUGGCCGCCGCCGCCCCCACCGCCGCCCGCCUGCUCCUCAAACAGAAGUCGGAGGAGCCAGGGCGGGGCGGGGGCGGGGAGGGCCGGCGCGCCAGCCCUGGCGAGGAGGCGAAGAAGGUGCCCCGAAACGCCGAGAAGGAGCACGACGAUGACCAGAGCGACAAGGGCACCUACACCAUCGAGCUGGACAACCGCAACCCUGAGGAAGAGGAGGCCCGGCGCAUGAUCGAUAAGGUGUUUGGGGUGGAGGAGAGUAAGGACCCGUCCAGGCUGGGACGUCCCGAGCACCUGCAGGAUGGGGUGAAGGACUGGCAGGGAGCAGGCGUGCGGGACACCAAAGCGCCUGGCUGUGAUUCGUCAGAGAUUCUCCCAGAUGACACGGUUGCCAUGGGCAACCCUCGCUGGGUGUCCCAGUGGGCCAGCUUAGCUGCCAAUCACACGAGAACCGACCCAGAAGGUUCCGGGGCUGAAUCCCCUGCAUGCAUCAAAGAAAAAGAGGGUGACGUCAGCGAGUCGGGGAUCUCCCACAAAAGCGGGGUGUCUGGCGCCUCCAGCCACGGCGAGCGCAAGCGCAGAACCCUGCCCCCGCUGCCGGGUGAGGAGAAGGCCGCCGACGGGGCCCUCGGGAGGGUGCGGCGCUCCGAAAUCGGGGAGAAGCAGGACACAGAGCCCCAGGAGAAGGAGAGCCAGUUUGACCCGAAGGAACCCGCGGCGAGGACCGGCCACAAGGGCGGCACCGGCGCCAAACCCACCCCCGCCCUGGAGCAGCGGCCGUCCCCGAAACCGCCCGCCCGGCCGGAGGAGGGGCGCAGGAAGAGGCCAGAGGAGAGGGGUAAGGCGGCGGAGGGGGAGGAGAAGUCGGGGAAGCCGCUGGUGCGGCAGGGCAGCUUCACCAUCGAGAAGCCCAGCACCAACGUGCCGCUGGAGCUGAUCCCACGCAUCGGGAAGGGUACGCCGCGGGAACGCCGCGACUCCGCCGGCAGUCUGGACACCGCCACCCUGCUGAAGGACACCGAGGCCGUCAUGGCCUUCCUGGAGGCCCGUCUCCGCGACGAUGCAGGCCGCGCCCCCGGCCCCGCCCCCCGCUCCGUCUCACCCGAGUCGGACGUGGACACGGCAAGCACGCUGAGCCAGGCGGCGGGCGACGGCGAGCGGCGGGCGGGGCAGAAGCGCCGCACGCUCAGCAGCCUGCACAAGGAGAAGAGCGUGGCCACGCCCACCGCCACCACCAGGACCGCCGCCGCACCCGGCACCCGCGAGCGCCUGGAGAGGAAGGCCAAACCCCGCCCUCCCGCCGCCACGGAGCCCCGCCCCGACCCCCACCGCCGCUCUGCCCAAACGGCCUCCCGAGCCCGACGCCCGUCCCUGGACCUGACGGAUGACGACCAGACCUCCUCCCUGCCUCACUCCACCAUCUCCGACGUCCUCUCCUCCGACCAGGAGGCCUACUCCAGCCACGCCCACGGGCGGGGCAUGCUCACCUCCACGGACGAGCUGCUGCACUCCAAGCUGCAGGAUUCGGGUGGGGCGGGCCGCACCCCGCAGGCCCCCGGCUCCGCCGCGGGGAAGCCGGCCACCCUGCCCCGCCCUCGCCCCACGCGGGCCUCCCUGCUCCGCCGCGCCCGGCUGGGCGAGACCUCGGACACGGACCUGGCGGACGCGGACAGGGCGUCGGUGGCCUCGGAGGUGUCCACCACCAGCUCCACCUCCAAGCCGCCGUCGGGCCGAAAGGCGCUGUCGCGCAUCGACCUGCUGGCACAGCCGCGACGGAACCGCCUGGGCUCCCUCUCCGCCCGCAGCGACUCGGAGGCCACCGUCACCCGCGGCUCUGCCUCCUCCCGCCUCUCCGCCGACACCGCCCUGCGCCUGGGCCUGCGCUCCGCCGGCCCCGCCCCCGACGGCAAGGUCACGCCCCGCACCCGCGCCAACAGCGUGUCCAAGCUGCCCGACGCCAAGGGCAAGAACGCCUCCUCUGCACACAGCACCCCGGCAGCCACCAGCCGCUGGCGGCGCCUCCCGCAGGAGUACGCCUCCACGUCGGAGGACGAGUUCGGCUCCAACCGCAACUCCCCGAAGCACGGCCGCCUGCGCUCGGGGACCGUCCUGCGCACCGCCCGCCUGGGAGGCUCCGCCCCCGCCACGCCCGGCGGCCCCGCCGGCGCCGUCCUGAAGCACCACCGCAUGCGCGAGCAGGAGGAGUACAUCCGCGACUGGACCGCCCACAGCGAGGAGAUCGCCAGGUUGUUUCCCUGUGUGCGUAGGAUCAGCCAGGACCUGGCGAAGGACCUGGCCAUCCUGGCACGGGAGAUCCACGAUGUGGCGGGCGAGAUCGACUCGGUCAGCUCCUCCGGCACCGCCCCCAGCACCACAGUAAGCACCGCGGCCACCACCCCCGGCUCCACCAUUGACACCAGGGAAGAGCUGGUGGACCGCGUGUUUGACGAGAGCCUGAACUUCAGAAAGAUCCCCCCCAUAGUGCAGACCAAAGCCCCUGAGAUCAACGGCCGGCCGGUGGAGCUCCGUCCCCGGGCCCCCGACAGCCUGGACCCGCAGACCGCCCUCCGGCGCCGCACCUGGAACCGGGACGAGGCGGUUUUGGACAGCUUGCUGCUGACAUCUGUGUCACAGCUGUCUUCAAAAAUCCGUCAGUCCGUGGACAAAACAGCUGGCAAAAUCAGGAUACUCUUUAAGGACAAGGACAGGAACUGGGACGAUAUCGAGAGCAAGCUUCGCUCCGAGAGCGACGUGCCGCUCCUCAAAACUUCCAACAAGGAGAUCUCGUCCAUCCUACUGGAGCUGAAGCGGGUGGAGAAGCAGCUGCAAGUCAUUAACAUCAUGGUGGACCCUGAUGGCACUCUGGAUGCUCUGACCAGUCUGGGCCUGACCAGCCCAGUCCUGCCCAAACCCAGGACCAGCCCGGGCUCCCAGGGGCCCCAGGGGCCCCUCCCGGGCAACGGCGCCGCCCACAUCCCAUCAGCCCCGCCCCCUGCAGAGGAGUCAAAGUGACCACGGCCUCCCCCUAAACCAUCCACACCCAGGCGAGGAGGAAAACUGCACUACCCACAAGUGACAGAGAGACCCCACCUGGGCCAGGUAACCCUCAGACUGAGGGGAAUACACGUGUACCUGUCCCCUGCCCUUUUCCGCAGGCUGAGAGUGACCCCAUCUGGGCCAGGUGGCCCUCAGUUUUCUGGGAAUACACAUGUACCUGUCCCCUGCCUGCCUCCACAGGUUUGGAGAGAUACCCCCUGGGCCAGGUAAUCCUCAUUUUUGGGGGAGUACACAUAUACCUGUCCCCUCCCCUUCUCCAUAUCACCUUAGUCUGCCCCUCUGUAUAAGCCUGGUUCCAGGCAGGCGGGGGUUGCCAUGUUGUGUGGUUUUAUAUCGUCCCACUCAACCCAUUUCUCUUAUUGCUAAUGGAUGCAGGUUGAUCCAUUGGUCUCUGUGCCACUGUUGGAGGGGCAGAUUUAUGUGAGACGCUGGGAAAUCAGUCCAGGACGUGAGACGCGCUGACCGGCGUUUUCUCAGCUUUUCCCUGCAUUUAGCAUCUUAAGUUUGGGAACUCCCUCUCAGACCAACCACCAGGGGGCGCUGUCAUAAAGGUCAGACAUCAUUUCCCUGCAUCCCAGGUCUUGCUUUACCUGACAUCUGCUAUUGAAAGAAUCGAUCUGUUUUGUGUGUUCCAGGAAGCAUUGCAUCCAAGUCUCCUUUGGGUAUAACUCACAGUUCUCAUGAAUACCAAAUAUACUGCAAAGACUUGUUCAAGCCAGCAAAACUCCCCAAAACUAAAAACUGUGCAGUGGCCACUCUCUGUAGUGAAUGUCCGUUCUUGGACAUUUCGGUUUAUUUUCUGAGAAAGGUGACACCUUGCAGAUAAAGGUGAUCUGAAUAUGGGGAUUUUCAGAAGAGGACAUAUUCAGUUCUUUUUUCAUAAAAUUAAGACAGUCUGACCUAGUCUCUUGUAUUACACACUAGGGGCUGUAGUUCCCACACUUUACAGGGUAUUACUGUAUCGUGGAAGAAGCCUAGUGAUUGUAUUGAUGAUUGAAACUUACAUUACUGUUGUUUCAAUCGCACAUGCUUUGUAUUACCUAACCAGUCCAUUACUCCACCAACCUCUCAGCUUCUUCAAGAUCUCUACCAUCAUUUUUGCUCUGAUGAAAAGGCAAAAAAAUAAAAAUAACUGAAUAUGAGAUUAAUUUCUAAAAUAGAAACUGAACAGAUUUUUUUAAGCUGUUUUGAACCACUCUGAGAUACACUACCAAAAUGUAAAGUACUGCCUGGUUAAACAAACACUCCAAUCAAGAAACGACUUUCGAGAUGUCCAACAAUAUAGUUCGUUUUCUGGUAUUUGCUUUUGGUUAUUGUCUCCUCAGUCAUAGAAAAUGACUAUUUUCGUGAACUGGAAGUGAAAGAAUUGUCUUUCAGCCCUGAAAUAGGAUAUACUGUAUAUAUGUAGUUUGUAAACUCAAAAAGGUUUUUUGUGAUGCUCUGUCAUGUCUCCUGCAGUACAAAGCCCUCAUGGUGGUUUUUUUUUAAGGGGUCGAUGUUUACAAGUGUAUAUAACACCCAAUAUCAGAUCAAGGUGUCUGUCUACAGUAAUUGCCGUGGGGGAAAACGUCAACAUUUCGAAUCAGAAAAACCGAAUCAAGAUGGAUCGACCUUCACGGUUCAGCUCCCAGGAGUCGACGCCAGCCCAUAAUUUCUUCAGCAAAAAUGGAGCUCGUUGGAGCCAUUCUGUGGAAUACAUGUACUGCUGUAUUAAUUCCCACAAAAUGGUGUAUAUUACCCUCCUGUCGGACUGCAAUAAUCCACAUUUUAUCAUACUUUGCCUUGUUUUCGUCAUAAUCUGCUGCUCUUCGUCUCCCACAGAGAGAAAGGGGUGGUGCUCAUGUCUGUAGAUAUAUUCAUAGUCCUCCAUGUUAACCUCGCUGCUUCUCAGUUUGUUACCUUGAGGUUUCUUGCAGAAUUUCUCCAGGCCUUUCCAUGUGACGCUCUGUGCAGUAGAGAGAAAGAUGCAUUACCGAUAGUGUUGCGCGAUUUCUAGACUUAAGCAAUAGAUGAGAGUUAGGUACCAGAGAAAAAAAAAUGCAGUUUAUUUUUUUUUCCUUUUUCUGUUCGGUAAACAAGUGUAUGAUGUCACUAAGUGCCCAGUAUCAAAAAAAAAAACAGAAAUUACAGAAAAAAAAUUGACAAGAUGAAGAAAUGAUCAAUUAGAAUAUCUUUUAUUUUGCACAUCUCAAGCGGUUGGUGCAAAGUCUGCCUUUCGUUGUUGCCGGGGAAACGUGUUUAGGUGUCAGAGGCUCUCCUCUUUGCAACAGGUGGAGUUAGGAUACCUGCACAAGCAGGUGAGAAAACCAAAGCAUGACACGCCGCUCUGUAUCCAGAGCUGGGCGUGGCCCUAUGUAGCUCCUCCCACAGUGGGUGUGGCUAGAGUGGGCGUUUUCAUGUUUCUCUGAAUACCACAUUAGUAACAAAUGAAAAUGGUGAAAG